CCCGUCCGGACUCCAGCGCGAGGAGACCAGUCCGAUUGACCCCUCGUCGAUCUUACAGUGCCAGUCGGGCUGCUCCAGUGACCACACCUGAGGAGAGAGGCAGAGAGAGGGAGCGCUAGACCAGUGCUUUACAUUGAGAGCUCUUCAUCCAGCCUGCUCAACACAUUGGGAGAGGAGAGACGGAGAGAGGGAGCGCUAGUCCAGUGCUUUGCAUUGAGAGCUCUUCAUCCAGCCUGCUCAACACACUGUGAGAGGAGGCAGGCACCAAAGAGAUCAUGAAAGACCGCCGUUGGUUCCCCUUGCAACGAGUCAUAUACCCUUCCCUGGACAUCCCAUCAUUAAAGAUGUCCCAGGUCACGGCUUCGGAGGAGGGAGGCACCUUUGAGCACCUGUGGAGUUCCUUGGAGCCUGACACCACCUACUAUGAGAUGCCCCCGGGGGGCCAGUCGGGGGAGCGGCCGGUGCCCUCCACCAGCACCCCAGGGGGGCACCGGGGGGCCACCGAGGUCUGCAUGGACGUCUACCACAUGAGGGACCUGGAGGACGGCGUCAUGUCCCAGUACAACCUGCUGAGCAGCAGCAUGGAGAGCCUGGGCAGCCGCGCCGCCUCGACCAGCCCCUACGGCUCGGAGAACGCCUCGUCGUCCUCCGCCGUGCCCACCGCGCCCUCGCCCUACUCCCAGCCCAACUCCACCUUCGAGGGGCUGUCGCCCGCGCCCGCCAUCCCCUCCAACACAGACUACCCGGGCCCGCACGCCUUCGUGGUGACCUUCCAGCAGUCCAGCACCGCCAAGUCCGCCACGUGGACCUACUCCCCGCUGCUGAAGAAGCUGUACUGUCAGAUCGCCAAGACGUGCCCCAUCCAGAUCAAGCUGUCCUCGCCGCCGCCCCACGGCAGUGUCAUCCGCGCCAUGCCCGUCUACAAGAAGGCGGAGCACGUCACCGAGGUGGUCAAACGCUGCCCCAACCACGAGCUAGGGCGUGACUUCAAUGACGGUCAAGUGGCUCCAGCCAGCCACCUCAUACGUGUGGAGGGGAACAACCUGUGCCAGUACGUGGACGACCCGGCCACCGGGAGGCAGAGCACGUUCGUACCGUACGAGGGGCCGCAGGUGGGAACGGAGUUCACCACCAUCUUGUACAACUUCAUGUGCAACAGCAGCUGUGUGGGGGGCAUGAACCGACGGCCCAUCCUCAUCAUCAUCACCCUGGAGACGCGAGACGGUCAGGUUCUGGGCCGGAGGUCGUUUGAAGGGCGGAUAUGUGCGUGUCCGGGUCGCGACCGCAAGGCGGACGAAGACCACUUCAGGGAGCAGCAGGCGCUGAACGACAGCGUGGCCAAGAACGGAAACGCCAACAAACGCAACUUCAAACAGACCCCACAAAACCUCCCCAGCCAGAACGUAAACAUGAAGAAGAGGCGGAACGGAGAGGAGGAGAUCUACUAUAUUCCUGUGCGGGGCAGGGAGAACUUUGAGCUCCUGAUGAGGAUCAAGGACAGCCUGGAGCUGGUGGAGCUGGUCCCCCAGCCGCUGGUCGACUCCUACCGACAGCAGACCCAGCAGCAGCUGCUGCAGCGGCCGAGUCACAUCUCGUCCCCGGCCUCCUACUCCCCUCUGUCCAACAUGAACAAGCUCCACACGCACGGCGGCGGCCUGAGCAAGCUGCCCUCGGUCAACCAGAUGGUGGGCCAGCAGCACCAGCACAACCACCAGGCCUCCAACAGCAUGGGCCACAUGGGCCCCUCGAUGCACGGGGGCCACCACAUGCAGACCAACGGGGACAUGAACGGGGGCCACGGCAGUCAGCCAAUCGUAUCAACCUCUCACUGCAGCCCGCCCCCUCCAUAUAACCCUGACCCCAGCCUCGUCAGCUUUCUAACCAGCCUGGGCUGCCACAACUGCAUCGACUACUUCACCUCCCAGGGCCUCCAGAGCCUCUACCACCUCCAGACCCUCACCAUGGAGGACCUGGUUUCCCUGAAGAUCCCCGAGCAGUUCCGCCUGGCUAUCUGGCGGGGGCUGCAGGACAUGAAGCAGCAGGGGGGGCCCCUCCCGCCGCCGCCGCCGCUGCCCCUGCCGUCCAACCACCACCAAGACUACCACCACCACCACCACCACCACGGCCAGCAGCUGCUGCGCUCCAGCAGCAACAUGGCCGCCACCGCCAUGGCCACCAUGGGGCCGGCGGGCGGGGGCGGCGGCGGUGGCGGCGGCGGCGGUGGCGGCGGGGAGCUCCAGCGGCAGCGCGUGAUGGAGGCCGUGCACUUCCGCGUGCGCCACACCAUCACCAUCCCCAACCGGCCCGGCAUGGGGGGUGGCCAGGGGAUGGGGGCGGUGGCCGGGGCGGACGAGUGGCCCGACUUCGGCUUCGACAUGCCGGACUGCAAGGUGUCCCGUAACAAGCACUCCAUCAAAGAGGAGUUCAUGGACAGUGAUGUUCGCUAA